GAGUGUGUCGAUCGUUACGGGGGACGCGCGCGCCGCCUAGCGCCGCCCGCUCUUGCGGCCGCCGCCCUUCCGCGAGCCGCCGCGGUUGCCGGACCCACGCGAUUUUUUCACGACAGUCUUGGCCCUGGCGCGCUUCGGCGCCUUCUUGUUGAGGGAUUUCCGCUUCGGCGCCGGUUUCCGCGGCGCGUGGACGACGGCGGGCUGGAAGACCUGGUCCGCGAUCAGCGGCACGACGUCCUUGUUCUGCGCGGCGCGGGGGCGCCGGUGCUUCAUUUCUCGAUUCGUGCGCGAGGACCUGCGGUUUGCAAUGUAAUGUCUAGGGCAGUGGUUGUGGUGCUUUCAUGCUUUCGCCGCGGGGCAGCGGUCGCGAGCCGACCGGAUACGUCGGCCGGCGCGCGCGCGGUGCGGUAGGGCAGCGAAAUUCGGCGCCGGUGCUACUGUUCCUGUGCGAGAGCGAGCUU